AUGGUAGCUACGGUGACGCAACCUUCAACGUCAUCUCAGAGUUUUACCCAGCAUCCAAGUACGAUUCCAGAUGUGAGUACGAACUCGUAUGUACAGAGUGAAGGUGAAAUUCAAUUAUCGUUUUUGAAUUGGGAACCAGGUGCGAAGCGGAGAGCAGCGAUGGACCAAGCGAUGAGUAAAUUGCUUGCACUGAGAGCCGAAGAUGAGAUGGUUGAGAAAGCGUUGAAGAAGAAACGCAAACGUUCGAAGAGAGAGACAGAGACUGAGAAACCGAUCUUAGUGAGAAGAGUGCCGGAUGCUGUGCCAGCCACCGAGAACACCGUUCAAACCGAGAAUGUACUGCGACCCGCGCCUGAACAGCAACGUCCAGUUGAACGACCUCGCGCCCUGACGCCGAAACCAACGGUAUCUGACGCGUCGGAAAAUGAAGCGAGCUCUUCGAACUCCGAAUCGGACUCGGAAGAGUCGGAUGAUGAUUCGUCUGAUUCCAGCUCCGAAGAGGAAGAGGAGGAGAACGGAGAUGAUCAUGGAACGGGAGGAGGUGCUACAUCAAACAGUACCCAGAAUCCACCGCCUCCCCCUCCACCAACGGGUGGCACUAGGGGUACACAGAGUGAGCCAGCGACUGAGACGAAACCAAAGAAAUCGUCCAAGAAGUCGAAAGAGAAGAAAACGCGUUCGAGUAGGAAAAAUCGACUGACAGAGAAUAUGAUGCGAAGUAAUCAUGAAACGCGUAAGGUAUUGACGAAGGAGGUGAGAAUCGAAACGUGGCAUCAGAUGCUACAGUUGGAUGCUGAGAUCUACAACAUUAAUCUCACGAAACGGACCAAGAGGAAAGCAGAGGAAAAGCAGCUUCGAAAUCUCGUUCUACACAGACUUGACGAAUAUUAUUUUGCGAGAGUGGGGCACAUUACGCCUGUACAGAAGAUGAUCGACGCCAUUUUCGAUUUACGGAGAGUAGAGAGGAACGUGAGUAGGGGUACGAUUAAGUCCGAGUUCAACAAGCUGAUGUUAGGAAGAGGGGAAACCCUCGACGCCUUCUUUGGGCGUAUGGACGAACUCACCUACGAUUUCAAAAUGCAAACGAAAGGAGAAGAGAUUCCCGAGCCAGAGAUCUUCGAUAGGAUAGUAGAGGCGACAGAGUCUAUUUAUACAGAGCUUAGGGUUAUUCUUAAGUCUAAGGGCGAAUAUCCUAAGACGAGUCUCCCUGACCUUAAGUUGUUAUUGUUACAGCUGGAAUCUGAACGGAGAGGUGGGCCGCAGCAGGCCAACUACUUUAGUCACCGACCAGUUAUCCGACGGAGUGACGGAAAGCCCCAACCGAGACCGCCCUACAACGCCGAAACCCUACCGAGACCGCCCGAUCACAAUUGUUACAAUUGCUCCAACCCAGAUCACUACGAUUUUGAAUGCCCGAAGUGGGAAGAUGGGCCGAGGUGCUUCAGAUGUUCGGAGUGGGGUCACUUUGGAACGACGUGCAAUAAUCCCCGCGUAUUCUACAAACACGAAUUCGCGAAGUACAGAGAUUGUUCCCGAGACAACAGAAUCCGAGAUACCCUGAACGGAGCAGCCCAGCUGAUAAGCGGGGAAAGACAGCCGGAAGAUUUUCUAAAUGUACCGAGAUUCGAACACGACGCUCGAAACGAUAUCGAAGAAAAUCGUCGGAGACAUCAAUCGUCGAGCCGUUACCAGUCCCCGAACCGCGACGAACAACAUCGCAGCCGCUCAUCCCCACCGAGGGAAACCGAUAAGAGCAGCCGGAGCGCUUCAAACAGAGAUGAAUCACCGACAGAGAAUCACCGACAGAGCCCAUCGACGCGUUCGUCAGUCAGCGGUCCAUCACCGCCCGGACGCGGUCGCUCUAGAUCUCGACCGGAGGGAGCGCAACGCCUACGUAAUUUCCCUGCGAUGCUUGUUGACCCGCACGUAGAAGAGGAGUCGCCGUAUACAUCGUUUCUACUGAUGGAAUUACCAGACAUCGACGUUAAUUCACUUAACGGAACGCAGGCCGGUUUAAUCUACAACCACAUCGCCAAGUGGGAACAGAUGUUAGCCUGGUUCCGAACGUGA